UUGGACCGCAGGAGGAGGCAGAGUGUUUGGUUACCCCCCCCCCCCCCGCCUGCAAAAUUAACCUUUCUCAAGCCGGACUUGAGUGGUUCCCUCGACUGAUCCAAUCCGACCGAGCGAUUCGACGAGGUGAAACGAAAGGAACGAAGGACGAGGCUUGCCAGUGUCAACGGCUGUGACUCAAGAGCUCCGGCCAGCAGUUACCGAGAACACGCACACAUAACUCCGAGACCAGCUUCGCUAACUAGCAGGCUAACACGCUGGAUGAUGGAGGAGCUCUGCUUACUCUGAAUGCCUAUUUAACCUUCCGACCAACAUGCCGCGCCAUGUCAACGCGUAGGUUUGGGUUAACCCCGGCUUGCGGAAGCCGAAGCUUGGCCUCACGGCGAAGGAGGUAACCUAGGAAGUUAGAUAUAGAUGUGGAUAGCGCCGGUUACGUCGCCCCUAUAGUCAUGAGCGGUUUCAACUCUACGAGUAAGACCCCCACGCUCGGCGGCAACAACAACACCGACUGGGACGUGGCGGGUAAUGACUUUUUGCGUUGUUAUGAAAAGUCCGUCGGCGAAACGAUACAGGCAGCCAUGCCCUCUGUGCAGCCGGGACUGGACGGGUCGCUGCCCUUGUUACGCACCCGAAACCACGACGCCCAGAACGGGCUGGUGUUGGGCCUGGACGAAGCUUCUUUCAGCCGGAGUUCGGCGGCGACUUACCUCGACCCCGGUUCGCCGGACUUGAUAGGUGACGGGAUCGAAGCCGGCCUGCUGUUCGACAGCAGGAAGAGGACGAGGUCCAACAGUGCGAGGCACCGUUACAACGAGGUCGUCACCGAACUGGGUCCCGAAGAGGUGCGGUGGUUUUACAAAGAGGACAAGAAAACCUGGAAGUCUUUCGUCGGACACGACUCGUUGAAAAUCGAAAUAAUGUUUCGGAAAUUCUGCGAGUCCGAUGGCCCUGACGUGGCCAGGCGUCCAGACGCUGUAGAGCCGCAGGUGAGCGGGGAAGAGAACAGGCAUGCGAACGGAGUCGAGGGCAGCGGUCCGGUCGAUAACGGAGCGGAGAGGACCGGGCCGGUGCCGAUGCACACAAGAGCCACCGACCCAGAUGAUGGAGACCCCGACAACGUCGAAAUCAAUAUAGAGGCCGUAUGCGUCCGGGGAGGGCUCUAUGAGGUGGAUAUCAAAGAAAGAGAGUGCUACCCAGUUUACUGGAAUCAGCAGGAUUGUAUUCCUGUGAUGCGGGGCCAGUGGUUCAUUGAUGGUACGUGGCUCCCAUUGGACGAGGAGGAGAGUGACCUUAUUGAGCAAGAGCACCUGAACUGUUUCCGUGGGCAACAGAUGCAGGACACCUUUAAAUCAGAUGCAGUGGUGAAGACUGUUGAUAGCCAUGAUGCCAUCCACAGUCUGAAGCUGAGUCGGACCCAUGUGGACUGGCAUAGUGUGGACGAGGUCUAUCUGUACAGUGAUGCCACCACCUCCAAAAUUGCACGCACCGUCUCACAGAAACUUGGCUUCUCCAAAGCCUCCAGCAGUGGAACGCGGCUUCAUCGAGGCUACGUGGAAGAGGCCUCUCCAGAGGACCGGCCUCCUCAGACAACACACAUCGUCUUUGUUGUCCAUGGCAUCGGACAGAAGAUGGACCAAGGGCGCAUUAUUAAAAACACUGGCAUGCUGAGGGAGGCUGUAAGGAAGAUGGAGGAAAAGCACUUUUCAGAGCACAAUGAUGAACAUGUCGAGUUCCUUCCUGUGGAAUGGCGCUCCAAACUUGCACUGGAUGGAGAUACGGUAGAUUCAAUCACCCCGGACAAAGUGCGGGGACUGAGAGACCUUCUCAACAGCAGUGCCAUGGAUAUCAUGUACUACACUAGUCCACUUUACCGGGAUGAGAUUACUAAGGGCCUAACGCAGGAGUUGAACCGGCUCUACUCACUCUUCUGCUCCCGGAACCCCGAGUUUGAGGAAAAGGGGGGCAAGGUGUCCAUUGUGUCCCACUCCCUCGGCUGUGUCAUCACAUUUGACAUCAUGACGGGUUGGGACCCGGUGCGCUUCUGUCUGCAAGAGCACCAUGCCAUGGAAGAGGAGCUGGACCUGCGCUGGAUUUCCUAUGAGGAGAGGAAUUUGCUGAAGCAGCUACAGAUUACAAAGAACCGGUUACGAGAACUAGAAGAUCAGCUCCAGGGUCUGGAAGCCUCAAGACCCUCAUCACCCCCGGCCCUCAAGUUCAAGGUUGAGAACUUCUUCUGUAUGGGUUCUCCACUGGCAGUGUUCCUGGCGCUGAGAGGGAUCCGCCCUGGGACCAGCUGCCACCAGGACCACAUCCUGCCCACCUCCAUCUGUAGCAGGCUCUUCAACGUGUUCCACCCUACAGAUCCUGUGGCCUACAGACUGGAGCCCCUCAUCCUCAAACAUUACAGCAACAUUGCACCUGUUCAGAUACACUGGUGCAGCGCCAUCAACUCCACGCCGUACGAUGAGAUCCGGCCUACAUUCCUGAACCCAGUGAAAGACCCGGCAUCUGACAGUGAGAGCAUUCCCAGCCCCAGUACCUCCCCUGUCCUUCCCCGCAGACACUACGGAGAGUCUAUCACCAGCCUGGGCAAAGCCAGCAUACUGGGAGCGGCUAGCAUAGGGAAAGGCAUCGGCGGCAUCCUUUUCUCUCGUUUCUCUCGCUCCAACAGCCAGCCCUCCUCAGUGUCUGCAGGAGUGGAGGGAGUGGCUGCCACUGAAGGGGAGGAGCAGAAGAGGACAGAUAGCCAGUCAGCAUAUGGCCUCUCCACCAUGACCCAGUCAGCCUCCAGCAUCACUGACACAUCACUUGAGCUGGAGCGACGCAUCGACUUCGAGCUCCGAGAAGGUCUGGUGGAGAGCCGGUACUGGUCGGCGGUGACCUCGCACACAGGUUACUGGUGUUCACAUGAUGUGGCCCUCUUCCUGUUGACCUUCAUAUACAAGCAGAUAGAAACGCUCCCUGAAACAUCAGAAGAAAACCUGGACCCGGAUUGAGAUGGGGCGCUCUUUGAAACACCCUUCACACUCAUUUGCAUCUAUUUCCCCAUCUUUCUAUCUCUUAUUGCAACCUUUAAUUCGUAAUUAAAUCAUAAAUUGCAAAUUCUGCUUAAUCAUACUGACUACUACUCUCCAACAAACACACGCACACAAACUUUUAUCUCAUAUUCUAUUAUUGACACACACAUGCUCACCCUAAGGGUGACAAUUUUGCUUCAGAAACCCCUAAGGAGGUGAACCCUAUGCCACUGAGGCCAGAUGCCCCACAUGGCAUACUCCCAUGGAACAUGGGCAAUAACACUGGUCGGUGACGCUGGCCCAACUCGUUUAGAAGACUGGUA